UCACUGGAAUCCAUGACGACCACGUACAUUUAUUGAAAAGAUAGUACAAAUUUAUCUUUAUAUACUUUUUUAUUAUCACGUGAACACGUACAUAAAAGUGACACUGUCGUUCGGUAAACGCCGUCAAUUUCGGAGUCAAUUAAAUUGUUUUGUGAAGUAUUUUGAUUUGUUUAAUCAAAAUUAUUAAUAAUGGCACCUAAACAAAGAAUGCGUAUUGCUAAUGAAAAAGCAACAAAAAAUAUAACAUUACGUGGAAAUGUACCUAAAUCAUCAAAAGCUCAAGAAGAAAGUUCUCCAGUUGGACCAUGGCUACUUGCAUUAUUCAUCUUUGUUGUUUGUGGAUCUGCGGUGUUCCAAAUAAUCCAGAGCAUCAGGAUGGCAUAAUUUAAUUCAACUAAACACAAAUCUCAAUAAUUUAAUUGGACAAACCAGUUUUAAAAAUUUAUUUAUACAAUAAAAAAAUUGAUUUAUUAAUUAUUGAUUAUCAUAAACAAAAAAGAUGACUGAAUUUUUUUUUUUUUUUUUCUCUUUUUUAAAAAAAUAUAUUUUCUAAUUGUCUAUUCUGAUUAGGCUCAAAAAUGUAUCUAUGUAACUUAGCAUUUUCAUUCAUUUUUACGAUUAACUUGAAAAAUAAAUAAAAUAUAUAUAUGUUAAUUAUUUUUUUUAUAAAAAUCAAUGGAAGGUAAUGUAACGUCAACUCUCAUUUGAAUUGAAAAGAAAAAAAAAAAAAGAAAAAAUUCAUUCAAUGAUAUUUAUAAAUUUUUAUCCUGGUUUUAAAUUUUGAAUAUGCAAUAGUUAAUCUUUUUUAUAUACAAAAAAAAUAUCAAGUUCUUCCAUUGAUUAUUAACACAUGAUAAAUUGUAAAUAUACUAAAUGUUCGUUUCGAAGCAUUCCAAUAAUAAAAAAAAAUACAACGAAAUGUUGAACAGUGUGCUUAAAUAACAAUUGGGAAUUUUAUUAAUUUAUCCAAUCCAGUCAUUAAGUAUUUUACAAAUUAUUAUUUUUUUUCUUUUGACUUAUUGGAUAUCAAUAAAAAGAUAUGAACAAAAAUA